CGCGCACCAGCCUCAGGGCGCUCCUCACUCCUCGCUCGCCUCUGUCCCCAUCCUGCAACCAUCAGGCUGCCGGUGAGGGGAUUUUUGCGGAGGCUCCAGAGUGCAAGAACUCAAUAUAGUGUCAGACGGCGCCAACACAGCCACCCUAACCUGGGCUGGGAGCGCUCGCAUCUUUGGAGUCUUCCGCGGUGGUGCAACUCUGGGAGCCAACUUCAGGCCAGUCUGUGGAUUCGGUGCAGGGUCCCACCCAGCAGAUCUGCCCGCGGAGUCUCCGGGAGAGAAAUCAGAGCCGCCCCCAGGUACGCCAGGAGGCCCCCCGUUGCGCCCUACCCCGUCGGGUCCCGCCCCGUCGCAUCACGCCUUAAAAAGCACCAAAGGCCAGGAUCACGCAGCGGCGGUCACGGUCAUGGAGGGUACCCUUGAAGCCAACUGGAGCGCCGAGGUGGUCAAUGGGAGUGCGGCACCGCCAGGGGCAGAGGGCAACCGCACGCUCGGGCCGCAGCGCAACGAGGCCCUGGCGCGCGUGGAGGUGGCCGUGCUGUGCCUCAUCCUCUUCCUGGCACUGAGCGGCAACGCCUGCGUCCUGCUGGCGCUGCGCACCACGCGCCACAAGCACUCGCGCCUCUUCUUCUUCAUGAAGCACCUGAGCAUUGCCGACUUGGUGGUGGCGGUGUUCCAGGUGCUGCCACAGCUGCUGUGGGACAUCACCUUCCGCUUCUACGGCCCUGACCUGUUGUGCCGCCUGGUCAAGUACUUACAGGUUGUGGGCAUGUUCGCCUCCACCUACCUGCUGCUGCUCAUGUCGCUGGACCGCUGCCUGGCCAUCUGCCAGCCGCUGCGCACCCUGCGCCGCCGCGCGGACCGCCUGGCCGUGCUCAUCACGUGGCUGGGCUGCCUGGUGGCCAGCGCCCCGCAGGUGCACAUAUUCUCCAUACGCGAGGUGGCUGAUGGCGUCUUCGACUGCUGGGCCGGCUUCAUCCAGCCCUGGGGGCCCAAGGCCUACGUCACAUGGAUUACCCUCGCCGUCUACAUCGUGCCGGUCAUCGUGCUGACCGCCUGCUACAGCCUCAUCUGCUUCAAGAUCUGGCAGAAUUUUCGGAUCAAGACGGCGGCAGAGGGGGCGGCCAAGGGGCCCGAGGGCGCAAUGGCGGGCAGUAGGGAGGGCGCGGCCCUGGCUCGAGUCAGCAGCGUCAAGCUCAUCUCCAGGGCCAAGAUCCGCACGGUCAAGAUGACCUUCAUCAUCGUGCUGGCCUUCAUCGUGUGCUGGACACCAUUCUUCUUUGUGCAGAUGUGGAGCGUCUGGGACGCCAAUGCGCCCAAGGAAGCCUCGGCUUUCAUCAUCGCCAUGCUCCUGGCCAGCCUCAACAGCUGCUGCAACCCCUGGAUCUACAUGCUCUUCACGGGCCACCUCUUCCACGAGCUCGUGCAGCGCGUCCUCUGUUGCUCCUCCAGCUACCGGAGGGGCUCUCGGCCUGGGGAGACAAGCGUGAGCAAAAAGAGCAACUCCUCCACCUUUGUCCUGAGCCGGCACAGCUCCAGCCAGAGGAGCUCCUCACAGCUCUCCUCCCUGUGACCAGCCUGGCUGACUGCCUCUUUCCAUCAGGUUGUGCGACAGGACAGUCCGCUCCUUGGUGGCCGUGGCCAUUGAUGUAUAGGUACCUUUCAGUUUGUACACCUCCGCACCUCGGGGCAGCUUGCGUGGGGUGGGAUCCUGACACAGGAGGGGAAGUGGUCUGCACGGGGGCAGGUGAUAGGGUGACUCAGUCACCAGACUGUCCUGGGAGCUCCCCUGGUUCCCACAGCUACUUCUGCUGCCCCCACCCCACUGCUGCCUGGCUGCUGGGCGGGUUGUUUGUGUUUUCCGGGCCUGUACUUUCACUCCAGUAUCUCUUUUCUCCUUUACUCUGUGAUCUUGUGAAAAGUAGUAAGUGUACAGUUGGUGACCAAUUAUAUAUGGAAGCCUAGUGUCCUGAAUUUGGAGUAAGGAGUGGGAGCAGGGCCUCAGAUGGGGUGGUGGUGCUCAUAGCCUCCUGACCCCAGAGAGUGUGUGCCUCUGCAUGGCUGACCCAGCAUCCUCUUGUCAGAGGAUGGCCCUGGGAACAGGAGUUUGGCACAAGCAGCCGAUUAAAACUUGGAUUUAAAAUGUUUAACAAGCUAAUAUUUAAGUAGCAAGUGGGAAAGAAAGAAGUAAAAGGGAUCCAAAUUGGAAAAUAAGUAAAUCUCUUUGUAGAUGACAUGAUAUUUUAUUCAUAGAAAAUUCUAAGGAAUGUGUACACAUACACACACCCAUUAAAAUUAAUGAGUU